CCUUCCAAACUUAGCCUUCAGUCCAUUAUGAUCCUAAAUCAUUAUCCAUAUUCCAUAUCAUCAAUUUUUUCUUGUGGCUUAUUUAAGAAUUAACUUUUUUUUUUCAUGCUUAGUUUAAAAUUUUUAUUAAAAAAACUUUUUAUUUCAAAUAUUCCAAAACUUGCUGUUUCACUCUAUUAGACUAUUAAUCUUCAUAUCAAAACUCAAAUCCAUUAAUUAGUAAUUAAAAUUUUCUUUUUGAAAAGAAAAAUGAAGUGGCUCUUACUACUAACUAUUGCUGCAGGCUGCAGCAGCUGCAGUUCACUUACAUGUUUCAUCUCAAAUCAAGAGGAGAGAGAAAAUCCCCAAUAACAUUACUCUCUACUUCCUCUGCCCAGAAAAACCCACAAAAAUUAUCCAUUUUUAAUUUUUGUUUUGCAAUUGAUUUCAAAAAUAAAAAUUAUCAAUGAUUUCAACAUCAAGUUCACAUUGGCUAGACCGGCUCCGGUCAUCAAGGGGAUUUCCUACCGGAGAAGAACCGGAUCUAGAUCGGUUCCUUUCAUCUUCAAGCUCUGGUUCAAAUCCCAUCACCGAAUCGACAACUCACUCCGAGUCAACUCAUUCUCAACCAACGAUUCGAAGGAAAGAUAAACAAACCCAGGAGCGAGACCCAUUUGGAGGGGUACUCAGCGACCUCUUUAAUAUGGGAGGAGAAUCUUCCAGAACUUUCUCAGUUAAAGCUUCUCGUAAACAAUCAAACCCUAGGUUUUGCAGCGUGAGUUCAGACGCCGACUUUCCGAGUUCUUCGGACGAUUUAAAAAGAGAGAAGAGUGAAAAUGGUGGAUUUGUAUCAAGUGGUGAUACUAGCUUGAAUAAAAAGAGGGAAAAUGAAAAUAAUAAAAAUGGGGAAUUUAGGGUUUCGGAUGAUUUUGAAGAAGGAGAAAACGUGGAUUUGAAAUCGUAUACUAGAAAUGAAGUGACGAUAAUUGAUACAAGUUUUCAAGAAUGGAAGAGUGAUAAAUGGGCUUUUAGAAAAAAUGAUGAGUGGAAAAUUAAGGAAAAAAGAAGUAAAUGUAAAUCUGGGAAGAAAAAGAAAUUAUUGGCGGUUAAUAAUUUGGGUGAUAAUCAUAGUAAGAAAUUAGAUGUUGAUGAUGAUGAUAAUCAGAUGAGGAUAAAGAUGAAGAAGAAAGAAGAUGAGAUUUUGUUGCAACAACCAAGUAAAGAACAAAUCCAGAAUGAUAAAGAGAAAGCAACUUUCAAGGAGAGAGAAGGUGUUCUUGGGAGAGUUCGAAAAAAGAGGUAUCCUUGUCCGAGACCGCCCCAAAAGAAUAGAAAUGAUGGGUCGGAAGUGAUCCUGAUAAAGUCGAUCCCACCGAGUGACGGUCAUACAGCCAUAAAACUAACCAAAACCUUUCACAAAAAACGUCCAAAACUGAUGAAGAUUGUAUGAGCAAGUUUUGUCAAUGGAGGAACGGCGAUUUUGGACAAGUUUUUUACAAGGCAAUUGGGAUAACAACGUGUUUACGUUGUAAUCCAGAGGAUCCUAUAAAGUACACUACAUCCAAACAUGGAGCUGGAAGUUGGAAGAUUUGGUCAUUUUUGACUUUGUGCUCCAUAUUCUUGUCUUAAAUUUUGUAAAUUGUGCCCCCCCCCCCCCCUUUUGUUGCUUUAAAAUACUCCAUUUAUCAAUAAAUAUCAUUUCAUUUUUUUUA